UCCAUCAGUGCAGCUAACUGGUUGAAGCCUCCUGUGGUGGACCAGAAGAAGCGACAGACUCCCCGGUACCUGACAGCCUCAUAUUGGCACAACAACAGCCGCAAACUGCUGUUCCUGAUGGCAUACAUGCUGCUCUCUAUCGCCCUCUUCAGUACGGCCAUGUGGAGGAGCAAAGAGGGAGGGCCCUGGUACAUGCUGGCCCGGGGCUGUGGACAGUGCCUCAACUUCAACUGUACGCUCAUCCUGGUCCUGAUGUUGCGGCGCUGUCUGACUUGGCUCAGAGCCACGUGGGUGGUUAAAGUCCUGCCUCUGGACCAGAAUGUUCUUCUGCAUCAGAUCGUGGGCUACGCCAUCCUCUUUUACACUCUGCUACACACCUGCGCUCACCUUUUCAACUUUGCUAAACUGUCUGAGUCUGGAGAGUUCAGUUUCUGGGAGUACGUGUUCACCACCCGCCCGGGCAUCGGCUGGGUCAAAGGCACAGCGUCGGUGACCGGAGUCAUACUACAAGUUCUCAUCUUCCUCAUGGUCAUCUGCUCUAUGACCUUUGUGCGCCGCAGCGGCCAUUUUGAGGUGUUUUACUGGUCACACCUCUCAUACGUGUGGGUCUGGACUCUUCUGGUGAUACACUGUGCUAACUUCUGGAAGUGGUUUGUGGUCCCUGGACUGGUUUUCCUUUUGGAGAAGAUCGUCGGAAUGGCUCGGUCUCGAAUGGGAAGCCUCUACAUCACCGAAGUUAACCUGCUGCCGUCCAAGGUAACUCAUCUGGUGAUCAACCGCCCUCAGUUUUUCCAGUUCAAACCUGGUGAUUAUGUUUACAUCAACAUACCGGCCAUUGCCAAGUACGAGUGGCACCCCUUCACCAUCAGCAGCGCCCCCGAGCAGUCAGAUACCCUGUGGCUGCACGUGCGCUCCCUCGGCCAGUGGACAAACCGUUUGUACGAAUACUUCAGACAACCAGAUCUCCACAACAGCCCCAAGAGACUUAGCGCCAGCCUCAGGAAGAAGAGGCAGGGAUCACAGGAGGUGCUGUUCUGCUCCACAGACUGUUUGGGGACUGUGGCAUCAAACGAAGACCAGGCUGUAGAGCUAACAAUGUACCGACACAACGGAACCAGACCAGAGCUGUCUGAGAAUGGGAUCAAAUCAGUCCAGAACCAGCUGGGGCAGACAGAGAGAGGAGAGGCACUCAACCACAAAGAGGUGCCUUCCAGGUUUGGAGAAAACCACAGAUUCUGCAACAUCAAGUGUUAUGUGGAUGGACCAUACGGGACCCCCACCAGACAGAUCUUUGCUUCCGAACACGCUGUCCUCAUCGGGGCCGGGAUCGGAAUCACCCCCUUCGCCUCCAUCCUCCAGAGCAUCAUGUACAGAUAUCGAAUGAGGAAGCAAAACUGCCCCAACUGUAACUACUCUUGGUGCGAGAACAUUAAAGAUGGGGACAUGAAACUGCGCAAAGUAGACUUUAUCUGGAUAAACCGGGACCAGAAGUCGUUUGAGUGGUUUGUCAGUUUACUCACCAAACUGGAACUGGACCAGGCCGACGAAGAGCCAGAGGGGCGUUUCCUGGAGAUGCACAUGUACAUGACAUCAGCGCUCAGUAAAAACGACAUGAAGGCCAUCGGACUGCAGAUGGCGCUAGACCUCCUCGCCAAAAAAGAGAAGAGAGAUUCCAUUACAGGACUGAGGACCAGGACGCAGCCGGGACGUCCCGAGUGGGGCAAGGUUUUUCAGAAAGUGUCUGAGGAGAAGAAAGGCAAAGUGCAUGUGUUUUACUGCGGCUCUCCAGCUCUGGCUAAAGUCAUCAAAGCCGAGUGUGAAAACUUUGGGUUCAACUUCUACAAGGAAAAUUUCUGAAAAUGCAUCGCUGUGUUUGGACUUUGUUUACUCUUGUAUUACUGCACCUCAUGGUUCUAAUCAUAGGGACAACAGAAGAAGUGCAAAUAACCCUUUACCGGGGAGCAGGAUUGACAAAAGUAUCAGAAAUCAGAUACUAAUCGAUACUACAACUAGUAUCGAAACUAGAUACUUGUUUGAGCAGGUAUCAAUACUAAA